UGAUUCACCAUGUUGCUUUAGAGACAUGAUUCGAGAGAUAAGGGUUUCUGCGAUAUGUGUGGCACAAGUUGACGGUAGGAUUGAUGAGCUUGCCUCGGCUAAGAAUGAAUCAAUCCGAGCACAAUGACUUUUCCGGCACAGUGCAAAGAUCUUCACAGACUUCAUCAGAGUCGUCGUACACAAGUCCUCCGCCGCCGAUUGGUUAUCCGACUAGAGAUGCGGUGGUGGGUGAUCCUCCGGCAGUAGCAACGGAGACUAAGUCCAAGAACCUCGAAGAAACAGCCAAGAUAUGCGGAUAUUCAUCCGGCGUUCAAAUUUGUUUUUAAUGAUCUGUCUAUUGGCAGUUGUUUGGGGGCAUGUUGCAAUUGUUUGACGGCAUGUUGCAAUUUUCUUACGUGCGUAUCAGGAUGAUGAGACUGAAGUCGUCGUUGAACAAACCAGAAAAACAACACGUAAUUAUAGAAGAUUCAUCAAUAAGUUCUAUUGUCAUAUUGACUUAAGAGUUUAAGUCUCAAGAUAUAUUUUUCUUAAUCUGUUUGUAAGAAUUGCAUUUUUUAAGUUUAUUUGUUUGAAAGUUUGUCAAAGUUUGGUGUUAUUAAUAAGAUUUGUAAAAGGUAAUCUAAAAUUUUCAUAAAUCUAGAGUUAUUAUAAUCA